UCGUCUCUUCACACACGAGCGAGCGCGCGCGCGCCUUCUCUGGCCCCUCGCAUGCUUCGCUCACACGCUCGCUUUUCCAUCGCCGGCCGGACCUCACAUCACCCCUCCCCCCGCCGGACAUCGCCGUCGCCUCCGUGUCCUCUUCUGGUUUGAUCUUAUUUGAUCCCUGCCUUCCCCAAUGAAUCGAUGCCGGACCGCCGUGCCGGUCGCCGGAAAAGUAGACGUUGUUGUAUCUCUGUAAGGACGACGGAAUUCGCCAACUUUGAAGGCGGAAGACGGAUCUGCAGUGGUUUCCGUUCAACGAACAUGAUUUUGCGCAUACAGCCUUUGAAAUUGAAACGUGCAUGGCCUUGCUAUCUGAAAAAGGAAACCUGUCGUAGACACAAUGGCACUGGGUAUUGAAAAAUCACUAGAGUAGUAUUUGACUGAAUUGAAGGUUCAGAUAACGGAAUAUGGCAACUGAUAUGCAAAAGCUAAUUGGAACAAGUGAAGAUGACGAGGAAGAAAUGGGAAUGGAUGUGAAAGAAGAGGAUGAUGAGGAUGAAGAGAAUGUAGGUAAUCACGAUGAUGCUCCAGUGAUGGUAGGCGCUGAUGGUGGGAUGGGAACUGUUAGUGGUAACAACAGUUUUCAACAGCGCCAGCAAUUUCAAGAACAAGCAAGCACUCCAGGUGGUGGUACUCGGAGGUGUAGGCCUCUAGAAGAGAAAGAGAGAACAAAGCUAAGAGAGAGGCAUCGUAGGGCUAUAACUGCAAGGAUUUUGGCAGGGCUUCGGAGGCAUGGAAACUAUAAUCUUAGAGUUAGAGCUGACAUAAAUGAUGUCAUUGCUGCUCUGGCGAGGGAAGCUGGUUGGGUGGUUCUUCCAGAUGGCACUACUUUUCCUUCAAGAUCUCAGGGUCAGAGACCGGCUGGUGGUACUUCUACUGUGGUGACUUCAUCAGCUUCCCAUAUGGCUUCCCAACAGACUACGCCUACUUCCCUCAAGGGAGCCACUUCAGGCUGCAGGAGCUCUUCAGAGUAUAAUGCCAGUCGAUUGAAAGGUGUUUUUAUGCCUGCUCCAACACCUUAUGAUCUAACCUCAGGUUCCCAGUCUCAAUCAUCAUCCAUGAUGGGUAGUGGAGAAGAACAGAGAGACAACCAUCCUCUCAUUGGCUGUUCAAUGGAUAAUGUUGAUGAGAAGCAGAUUGUGGACAUGCCCCACAGAUUAUCUGAGCGUGAUUUUGCUGGUACCCCAUAUGUUCCAGUUUAUGUGAUGCUACCGUUGGGUGUCAUUAACAUGAAGUGUGAACUUGUUGAUCCGGAUGGUCUAUUAAAGCAGCUGAAGGUGUUGAAAUCGUUGCAUGUUGAUGGUGUUAUGGUAGACUGCUGGUGGGGAAUAGUGGAGGCGCAUGCUCCUCUGGAGUAUAAUUGGAAUGGUUACAAGAAACUUUUUCAGAUGGUGCGUGAACUUAAGCUUAAGCUGCAGGUUGUGAUGUCUUUUCAUGAAUGUGGAGGCAAUUUUGGUGAUGAUGUUUGUAUUCCAAUACCCCAUUGGGUUGCUGAAAUUGGUAGGAGCAAUCCUGACAUUUUCUUCACUGAUAGAGAGGGAAGGCACAAUCACGAAUGUCUUUCUUGGGGAAUAGAUAAGGAACGGGUUUUAAGAGGUCGAACUGCUUUAGAGGUUUAUUUUGACUUCAUGAGAAGCUUCAGGGUAGAGUUUGAUGAGUACUUUGAGGAUGGUAUAAUCUCCAUGAUUGAAGUUGGACUCGGUCCAUGUGGGGAGCUAAGAUACCCAUCUUUCCCUGUGAAGCAUGGUUGGAGAUAUCCUGGUAUUGGUGAAUUCCAGUGCUAUGAUCAAUAUUUGUUAAAAAGUCUUAGGAAGGCAGCAGAAACAAGGGGACACCCCACGUGGGCUAGAGGACCAGAUAAUGCUGGUACCUAUAAUUCGCAACCACACGAAGCAGGUUUCUUUUGUGAUGGAGGAGAUUAUGAUGGUUACUAUGGCAGGUUUUUUCUUAGCUGGUACUCUCAGGUUUUGGUUGACCAUGGAAACUGUGUACUUUCUCUGGCAAAAUUAGCUUUUGAGGGAACCUGCAUUGCUGCAAAGCUAUCAGGUAUACACUGGUGGUACAAGACCGUGAGUCAUGCUGCUGAAUUAACUGCUGGGUUUUAUAACUCGUGCAAUCGUGAUGGUUAUGCUGCAAUUAUGGCGAUGCUAAAGAAAAACGGGUCAAGUUUAAACUUAGCCUGCGCUGACCUGCACUCAUUGAACCAGCAUGAGGACCUUCCAGGGGCAUUUUCAGAUCCUGAGGGAUUAGUCUGGCAGGUGUUGAAUGCAGCUUGGGAUGUUUGCCUCCCAGUUUCAAGUGAGAAUGCACUUCCUUGCCUAAAUAGAACUGGCUAUAAUAAGAUUUUGGAUAAUGCCAAGCCCAUGAAUGAUCCAGAUGGAAAACAUUUCACAUCGUUUACUUACCUGAGACUAAGUCCACUUCUUAUGGAAAGACAAAACUUCUUAGAGUUUGAACGAUUUGUGAAGAGAAUGCAUGGGGAAGCCGUUCUCGAUCUCCAGGCAUAGCGGGCUGGCUGGAUGCCGAAUCUGUAGGUUUUGUAAUAUUUAUAGCUCACCCCUUCAAAGCAGUCGGGGAUAUUCUAUUGCAGAUUAGUGGAAUAGGAUUGUCAUUUACUGUAUGAUAUAUGCAAGUUGGUAGUUAAGUAAUUGAAAACGCGGUUAAAUAUUUUUUAUAUUAUUUUCUCAAAAUCUAGCUACUCACAUUGUUCCUAGAGUGUAAAAUUUGUCCAUACUUGAUGUUGGCGCAUCAUUGAUAGUGAUGUAUACUUUCAUUUGCCUAGUUUGCUAUGGGGUGGCACAAACUACUCUUCUAGAAAAUCGAAUAGUUUUAAGCACAAUAUAUUCAUUCUUAUUAUUUUUUAAAAA